AUGCAUUUCACACAAAUACGUCGCGCGGGUCCCCGACCAAACCUUACUGGCUUCGAUCCCAAAGCAUAUGCCUCCGCAGCUGGUACACCAGCGAACGAUCCAUGGGCGAAGAGGGAGGCAUGGCGAUAUACCGGCCAAUUCUCGAGAUGGAACCGAUUUAAAGGCAGCUUCCCAGGCUUGGGCAUCGCGACGGUGGCUUUUGCGGCAUACUGUGGAUACGAAUACCUCUUCAUGAACGAUGAUCACCACGGACACGCAGAGGGUGGUCAUGGCGAAGGACAUCAUUGA